AUGUCUAGCGAUGCUCAUCCUCCUGGCGGGCACUUGCAACGUCUCAAUUCGCCUCCCACAUCAUACGGGGCCGCCGCCAGUGACCACAACACGAAUUCGUCAGAGGAUGAGGAGCAAUGGUUUGACCCUCGUAGCUCCGAAGACUUGCAGGAUCAGGACGCACAGACUGACUCCGACACCAAGGCUGGUAGCAACACCAACAAAAGCGAUUCCAGCGGGUUUGAGAAUCCAACCGGUAUUCAUAUCAUCACCCGUCGUCAUCGUGUGGACUUCUCGCGACGUCAAAAUACAUUCGCCCCUCCAAAGCGAAGUGCUCAGGUUCUGUGGAAAGAUUUUCAUGCAGGAAAUAACGCACAGAAAAUCAACUACGUGGCGCAGAAGUACAGAGAUGAAGUGACGGACGAGAUCCGCUCUAUUAUUGCCCGCAGAAUGAAGCAGAGGGAGCAAUUUCCAUUGGACGGAUCGCAAAUCAAGGCAUGGGAGAAUUUUACGACCCUCUUCUCGCAAAUUGAGAAGACAUUUGUACUAAUGACAUCUCAGCAUAAGCGCGAUCUCGUCAACAAUGAAUGGCAUUCGCUUGUUCGCGAUACAUACUCGGCUUUCAACUGGCCAUCUCUCGCUGUCAUUUGGAUCCCGGAUGCCAACGGCGGGCCUCCUGAAGCAAAGAUGAUUGCUAUUCAGCCUGAUGGCGCACCGUCUUGGGUGGACUGGCAGUCCAAGGCUGACCCGCGAGUCUGGCGUCUAUUGAACGCAAGCUUCCAAGGAUAUGCAGACCAACUGUAUCAAGACCAGGCAAAGGAGGACAUGAAUGCGAUUGAGCGCGAGUUGAUUGCAGAAAAAAAGAGGCCUUGGGAGAAAGCGUCGAAGAAGGCAGUUGAAACUCAGGUCGAUCCACAGGAGGAUCGUCACGCUCCCCACACAACGGUCUUCACAAGCAAGGAGGGGGAUUUCACCUCGAUUGGAGAGCGCGAGGGAGUCAGGAUCAUCGAGAACAUACGUCCAGGUAUGCCCAGGUAUCCAAAUCUUCACCUAGGACGCACAAUCCUGCGUUUUCUCAUCUCAGAUCGUUACGCAAGUCGCCGAGACGCAAUGCGUCCAAUGAUGAAGGACGGCAAGCUUGAGGCUCCGACGAUACCAUGGAAGAGAAUUUCGCGCCAUCUCACGCAGAUUGCAUACUCCGACUACUUUCCAAAGAUAAAAGAUGAAGCGGGAAAUAUUUUACUUCCCGAACUUCCUUUUUAUAAGACGAGUUGCCCUAGCAAGCAGGUUGUUGACUCGUGGCUCACUUGGUUUGCUGACAUUCAGGAUGGCGGCAAUGAAACAUGGGAACAUGGUAUGAUCUUCAAGCAAACCCUCAAGAAUCUCGCGAUUAAGCAGUUUGCUAAUGUGGACAACAGCGACAAUGAAACGCGCCCAAAUCUCAAUUCAGAGAAGCCUCCUUCUCUGAAAACACCUCUUUUCUUCACAGAAUCGUCCACUUGGCCGCCGCUACCACUGGGAGACACCCCUCGACCAUCUUUGAUCGAUGGUUUUGUUGUGCAGUCAGGGCCGAUCCAUCCAUCCUUACAAGUCCCAGGGCCAUCUCAGUCCUCUGAUUUGCAGCCUCGGAAUGUCUCUCAGGAGCCCCUUGCUGAACCUCGUGGGUUACCUCCGUCGACCAAGGUUCCACCUCCAACUGAACAAGCUACAGAUCGGCCACAAGCUCUCAACAAGUCAAAAUAUCAUCUCGGACGUGCAAAGAACCCGGAAACAAGCUCUGGCAAACCGCCGAGGAAGAAACGGAAACUUGACCCCCCCCCGAUCUGA